AUGUCUGUAGACUUCGAACCAAUGCUUGCUCGCUCUUCCUCGUUCAUGGAGCAUUCCAUGGAAAGCCCCUUCCUCAUGGACAACAUCGAGAGUGCGAUGGACUACCUCCAGUAUCCGCCUUCGCCUUCCCCCGCCUUCGGCUCUUCCUUGAAUGCAUCCGCGUCUUCUGGUGGCGAAUACGAUGGCAUCAGCCUUUCCCACCCGAUUGGUGGCGACUACGCUUACACCGCUUCGCCCUUCUCUAACUCGUCGCCUCAGCCCUAUAUGGGAGAGGAUCUUGGUAUCUCACCCCGCGCUAUGACCUACGCUGGCGAUGAGGACCGAACUUUGUCUGGACGACGCAGCCGUGCAUCCAAUGACUCUCCUCCGCCUUCCAUUCCCUAUGCAGCAGCUGUCCCUCGUUCGCACCGUCAUGAUCCCAUUGGUGUUGCUGCGCGGAGAAACUCAACUGCGAGGAAGGUCCAGAAGGCAAGGAAAAGGAAGGCCAGUGAUGAAUCAGACGAUGACGACGACGAAUAUCAGGUCUCGCCUUCCGCAGGAGGCCCUAUGGACAAUCGUCGAGAAUCCGUUCGUCAACAGCGGAUCGAGUCUGAACAGAAGCGUCGCGAUGAGCUCCGUCGCAACUACGAUCUCUUACGAGACGUCCUUCCGCCAACCCAGCAGCGAACAAGCAAGGUUCAUCUGCUUUCGAGGGCGAGCGAGUACAUUCGGGAGCUCGAGACGACCCAGUCGGAGUCUCGUUCGAGGCUGCAGGCUUUUGAGACUGAAGUCAAGCGCCUCCGUGAGAUCAAUGAUGCCUUGAUGAUGGGUACCGCCCGUGCGCUGGGCAAGUCCACUCUUGGUAUUUCUCCGCAUAUGACGAUGUCAAAUUUCUGA